AUGUUCAGAAUUACUCCAGUUAGAAUCUUAACUCGUUCUUUCUCAUCUGCCGCCAGAAGACAAGCCAGUCAUGAUAUUGGUAAUGGAAUGCAUGGUCAAAAGACUUGGCCCCUGAUGAAUGUUUUGAUUAAGAAUUAUCGUCAUGAAGCUUAUUUAGCCAUACAAUGGGCGGUUGCUUUUACAAGUAUUAUGCUUGCACCAUAUUACAUUAUUAUUAAAGGUAGUAAAUUCCUUCAUAAUGUACCUAAAGAUACAGGUGCACAAGUUGAAAUUCAUGGGCUUGUGAACCGUCAAACUGAGGUUCAUCUUGCUGGUAACGGUGCAAGACCUGCUUGA